GUGUGUGUACAGAUGAAGUGGGUAACAGGUGUGUGUGAUGGUGGUCUCUUCACAGAGAGCUACUGUAACAUCUGCAACGCUCAACUCAUCUCAGAGUCUCAACGCGUGGCACACUACGAGAGUAAGAAACAUGCCAACAAGGUCCGUCUCUUCUACAUGCUUCACCCUGAGGAUGGAGGACCUCCCUCCAAGAGACUGAGACCUGACAACGCUGAUAGUGAGGAGAGAGCUGUGGAUGGUAACAAGUGUUGUAGUCUGUGUAACAUGUUCUUUACCUCAGCCAUAGUGGCCCAGUCCCACUACCAGGGAAAGACCCAUGCUAAGAGCGUAAAACUAGUGUUGGGCUCCUCACCGACUAUUUCUACUACCCCUACCACAGACUCCUCCCCCUGUCCAUCAGACACGCCCCCUCUGCCAAUGCCGCCUCCCCCAGCCCCUCCCAUUACCUGGCUAGUGACCAAUGGCAACACAGCGUGUAGGUCGUGCUUCCUGUGUGGGGCAUGGUUCAACAACCCAGCGAUGGCCCAGCAGCACUACGAGGGGAAGAAGCACCGCCGGAACGCAGCCAGGAGACAACUACUGGAUCAACUAGCUGAUAACCUGGACAGCAACCAGAACACAGGUUAGAGGUCAGGGGUUAAAGUUCAGGGGUCAGGAAUGCAGCCAGGGCACGACUUCUGGAACAACUGACAGAUAAUUGGAUAUGAAGCAGAACACAUGUUAUAGGUCAGCUGUUAGAGGUCAGAGGUUUGGGAGUUUAGAGGUCAAACUAGGGUCAAAGGUUAUGGCAGGUGUAGCUAGGCGUAGGGUCUAAGAUUAUAUAAGGUAUGAUUACAGGACCGGUGUUAUGGUGGCUUUAGUGGGCGUGGCCCACCCUACCAUACCCUGCCGUACCUCCUUGACCAUCCAAAUAAAAUAUUUAAAUAUAGAUGAUUUAUUUGACCUAGAUGCACGCCGACAGAGACAAAUACAUCUCAGAUAAAGCAUCGGCGUGAAACAGCGACUGAUAUUAUAUAAGAACGGUUAAUAGUAGGUUAACACCAUCUGCUUUAAUUCACUCCGGAAACAGUCAUUCAAGAAGAUCUAAACGCAUAUUCCCAUGAAACUGAUUGACAUCAAAUGAUUGACGUGCAGUUUGGACAUUUCACCUGUAAAACGUGAAGAAUUAUCAUUAAAGCAGAUGGUGUUAACUAACUAUUAGCCAUUCUUAUAUGAUAUUAAGCUGUUUCCUGAGUGAAUUAAAGCAGAUGGUGACUGAUCAACAAGUAGCCUAUCUGAACACUGAGUUGACAUCAUAUUUGCUUAGCAACAACAUAAGCUCAAGAAACUUGUCAUGAUUGACGGCCAUGUUUUCCAAGUUACCGUAAUUUCCGGACUAUUAAGCGCACCUGAAUAUAAGCCGCACCCACUGAAUUGAAUUUUUUAUUUUUAACAUAAAUAAGCCGCACAUGUCUAUA